UCGUAUGAUGUUGGAUUAAAAGAUUCAAAUUAUGUAAAAGUCUCUUUACUUUGUCUUCAACCCAAAGAAUGAAGAAAAUAACCCCUGCGAUUUCUAUUGAAUUAGCUACUAUCAUCCCAAUUUGAAUACUAAUACUAGUAUAUAUACUUGGUCUAUAAACAUAUCUUAAUGCCAUGCAUGCCUUCCUUUUAAUCAUGAGUUUGUUUCAUCAUGAAGAACCACCCAACCCCUCCAAGCGAUGCAAGUUCCUCAAGGACGCACUUGCAACCUGCUAUACCUUUUGCAGAGAACUUUCUUCUCAAACCCUCGAACAACAACGAUAUGAAGAAGAAGAAGAAGAUGAUGAUGUCAGCAAUUACGACGAUGAACAAGAAGUUUUUGUUUCGGCGGUUCUAAGUAAAUACAUGGAAGCAAAGUCUAAGAGAAAGCUCGGACUUUCGGUGGAUAGCUUCAUAUGGGGUUUCUCUUUCUCACCGAUUGAAGUAAUUCCACCUAGAAACGAAAUACCGCAUGCAUAUGAAAGUGAUGCUGAAGAAAAAGAUGAAUUCUACUCUACUUGUAGUCAUCUUUCUCGGUGUUCAAGCUCUAUGACUGCAGCACAAGCAUUCAUGUCUGUAAAGACCAAUAUUUCUCGAUGUUCCAGCAUGAGUAGUAUCGAGUUCCCACCGUAUAGAAAGAGGCGAUCUAUCAUGCGAGAGCUUUGUCAUUGUGAGGGAUGGCCCUUUGGUCUCUGUAGGAAGGCUCUUCUUGUUCCACCAUUGCCCAAAUCCCCAUCGGAAUCUUGGAUGUGGCAUAAAACCACAAGACUUAUCAAGAUACUUUAGCUCUUAAGAUGCACGCUUUACCAUCUCUAUCACCACUUAUCAGUUUUUCCGUUUUGAAAUCAUGUUAUGUUGAGGAAGCUGAGAACAAAACUCAAGCGAAUUAAUUGAUAGAUGCAAUUCAAAAAUCAUUAGGAAGUAUAAAAGGGUAAGAUAAUAAGAUUGAGGUCAUGAUGUAUUUCUGGAGUAACAAAAUAUGUCUAUGUCUACAUUUUUCUGCUCGAUAUAAGAACCAAAAGGAUGUCCCUAGAA